GGUUGACUUACCCAACAUGGCCGCCGCGUAGGCACAUCUAGUUGACGUAUGCUCUUCAUAUCUUGGACGAUAGAUAACACCGCAGUGUAGUUUCUAGAAAACAAUAAUGGUUUAAGCAGAGUUCUCUGUUAGUGAAACCCCACUUUCCAGCGAACGGAACUGAACAAUUUACAUUCCUGAACGAUAUGUUUUGUCAGCAUUUCGUUUUCCUUCUGCUCUCUCGUUUCGCGUGGCGUCAUGCAAGCAAUGUGAGAGCAGAGCUGCCUCCACCACACAAUGUAGGGUUAAUUACCUUGAACACCAAUUACACACUAAAGUGGGACUGGGAUGAGACCGCUUCAGAGAAUCAAGAUGUUUCCUUCUCUACACAGUAUAUAUCGAUAUACAAGCUGAAAUCCAUGAAACACAACUGGUCUGAUGCGUGUGAUAACUCCCCUUCCAAGUCAUGUGACCUCACUUGGUGUGACCUGCACUAUUUAGGCAUCUACAUGCUUCGUGUACGGGCCAACGAGAAUUUAAGUCACUCAAACUGGGUGGAAAAAGAAUUUUGUCCCGAGAAGCAUGCUGCGGUUGGUCCGCCAUCCAAAGUGAAACUGGCUCCUACUGAAAACAACCUUGAUGUUUGUAUCUCUCCUCCACUGGCCAGUUCAAAAAACUCCAUGAAGAAUGUCCUCACAAAAUUGUAUUACUACAUUGCGUACUGGGAACAUAGUGUAGAGAAGCAGGUCCUGCAGCCCCAAAUUGUGAACACCAAUUCUAACAUGGUGACAUUGCGAGACCUGAAACCUUGGACAUUGUACUGUGUUUCAGUCCAGUCACGUUCUGACCUUCACAAUAAGAGCAGCAAAUUUUAUUUACCCCAUUGCAUUCACACUGAAGGCACUAUCCAUUGGUGGCAAACUGUUCUGUACUUCCUGGGCUCAUUGUUGAUGGGUGGUUCAGCUGUGCUGCUCCUCAUGUAUAUUCACUUUAGGUGUUACAUGACCUUCAAGGCAACCUUCUAUCCCUUGAUCCAGCUUCCACCAUUCUUCCAAAAGUGGUCAGAACAGUCAUCAGGGCACAAGGAGAAGCCGAGAUUCUGGAGUUUACUCCACAGAAGGUAGCAAAUCCCAGCAACAGCAGCUGCAAUUAAACAACAGUCAAUCCUCUUCUGUUGACCUCUUUUGUUGACUUCGAUCUGUUCAAAAUGCACAAUAUGACUCCUGGCUACAUUAGUAAGUGUGGGCUUACAGUUAGUUAUUGACGUUUGUGCCUGAAGAUUUGCAUUGGAACCUCUGAGGUGGAAAAAAAGAAAAUCCCAACAACUGCACAUUUUCCCACAAAAAUGUGGUCGUACUCUAGUGCAGUUACCCUUCAUUCAGAUUCAGGUGUGUUUUUGAUUUUUGGCAAAAUGUACAUUUUUAUGUACUUACAUACGUAAAUGGUUUUAUCUAGUUCUACUCGCAUCAAGGGAAGAGUAUGAAUAAUAUUAAAAUACUUCAAACAUUUUAAAAUGAAUCUGAUACCUGUAGAACAGGGAUUUCCAAUAUUCAUGAAGCCAAGACACAUAUUUUACAAUUGAGACAUCUCACCAUUGAACAAAAAUGUCAGAAAAAGUGGAUACAUUGUAUUUACUGUACUUGUACCAUUUAAUAAAAGAGCUUUUCUUUGUUCUUUCACUAUGUCUCACUGGCAUAACUAUAUUAGUAAAGAUACAUUAUGUCGUGGUAAUAUAUUUUAAAGUAAUUGAGUAAAAUUCAAUAAUUUCCCACCGUACACCUGAAGAGUGCUCAUGGCACAUUGAUGUGCUCUGGCAUACUGUUUGGGAGUAACUGCUCUAGAACUCCAUUACAAUCCAUAACUUCCAUUAUAUAGAAGUUAUUUUGCAGUUUAAUCGAUAAAUAUACUGUAAAUUAAUGUCUGCAAUUUGAAUCUAACAAUCCUCCCGUAUUCAUCCUUUUGUCAACAUAACAUAAGGUAGUCUCUCCAUUUAUUCGGCAUUCAUGCACUCAUUAUUCGAUGUAUUGCUGCAUUUUGUUUUUAUAACUCUGUGUGUGCGUGUGUGUGUGUGGUGUGUGUGUGUGUGUGUGUGUGUGUGUGUGUGUGUGUGUGUGUGUGAAGUGCUUAAUGUGGAAUAUCUCAAGUUCAAGUAACUUUAUUCUCAGAUGUUGUACAUACAUGACAUACAACAUACAGUAGUGUACAAAAUAGCAUUCCAAUGUGAUAAAGCAGAUUAAUCCAGGUUUUCAGUAUAUUUGUUAUUGCCACAUGUUAAACGAGUUACCAGUGGGUGCAGUAGAUUCUCAGAAAACCAACAAGGUCCAGCAUUCAUGAUAAACACACUCUUAAGGGUGUGCAAUUGUGCAAUUUGUUGAAAGGGGUGUGUUAAAAAAAAUAGUGUUGCAUUCAAUCAUUGAGGUCAUCAAUUUUGUGAAAAACUUUUGAAUCAGAUGGAAUAGUUCCUAUAAACAGAUAUAUCUCUUGUUCUUUGUUCUUGUUGCUUUGUUGUUUUUUGUUCUGAAUGUCAUACCAGGGCAGCACCGACUGCCGGAGAAAAAUUGCUUCUGUGUUUUUACACACUUGGCCAAUAAAGCUGAUUCUGAUUUUGA